GCUACUGCUGCUGACUGCACGGGAGUUGAUUCAUCACCUGCCAUCUGCCAUGGAGUCGUUUGACGUGAUUAUCGUUGGCGCAGGAUGGCACGGCCUCUCCGCCCUCCGCACGUACCACCACAUCCACCCGACCUCCACCAUCCUGCUAGUAGACAGUUCCUCCACCAUCGGGGGCGUCUGGGCCCAACACCGUCUCUACAACGGCCUCAAAUCCAAUAACAUGCUUGGCACGUACGAAUUCUCCGAUUUUCCCAUGGACAGUGCCACGUACGGUGUACAACCGGGGGAACAUAUCCCCGGCACAGUCAUUCAAAGCUACUUACAACGCUUCGUGGAACAUUUCCACCUGGGGGAGUUUAUCCGGUUGGAUACUACUGUCCUGAAUGCGGAUCAUCAAAUCGAUGGGAGUUGGAUCCUGACCACCUCCCUAUCUACUUCUACAUCCCCCGAAAAGACGCAGAAAAUCAAGGGGGACAAGCUGAUUCUCGCUACGGGGUUAACAUCAACCCCCUACCUCCCCCCUCUCCCCGGCGACAAAACCUACCCUAACCCCCUCAUCCACACCCACGAUCUCCCCUCCCACCAAGAGACCCUCUUCCAACCCAAUAGAAAAGUGACCAUCUACGGAGCCACCAAAUCCGCCUGGGACGCCGUCUACGCCGCCACCACCUCCGGGGCCUCCGUCACAUGGAUAAUCCGUUCUUCAGGACACGGGCCCUGCUGGAUGGCUCCGCCCUACGUGACGCCUCUGAAAAGAUGGCUCGAGAAAUUAGUCACCACUCGUCUGCUCACAUGGUUUAGUCCGUGUAUUUGGGGCGACGCGGAUGGGUAUAGUCCUAUCCGAUGGUUCUUGCACAAGACUUGGAUAGGACGGAAGAUCGUUGAUGGGUUCUGGGGAAUUCUGGAACAGGAUGUCGUUGGGUUAAAUGGGUAUGAAGGGAACGCUGAGACGAGGAAAUUAAGGCCGUGGAUUGGGCCGUUUUGGGUGGCGAGUGGACUCAGUAUCUUGAAUUAUCCGGGGGAUUUUUUUGCGCUGGUUAGGAGUGGGAGGGUUAGGGUUGUUGUUGAUGAGAUUCAUUCUCUGGGUGGGGAUGGGGGGAUUACGUUGAAGGAGUCAGGGGAGGUGAUUGAGUCUGAUGGGUUGGUUUGCGCGACUGGAUGGCAAGUAACUCCCAAUAUCACGUUCAGUCCCGUGGGGAUUGAUAAGGAGUUGGGGUUUCCCUGGGCGGAGGAUUGUAUUCCGCGGGUGAUGGUGGAGAGAGCGGAUGAGGAGAUUCUGGCCCGGUUUCCGAAACUACGCGAUGCGCCGAAACGAGAGGAGGUUGUGCCGGUUGGUCAAGGUGCACCGGCUACAGCUCGCCAUCCAUUCCGUCUGGCCAGAUUUAUGAUCCCCCCUGCGUUGGCGAAGGAACGGUCUGUGGCGGUGUUGGGCGUCGCCAUGACGAUUAAUACGGCGUUGGUGGCGCAGGUGCAGGCUUUGUGGGUGGCGGCGUAUUUGGGGGAUCGGAUGGCGUUGAGGAAUGGGGAGAGAUGUCCGGUGGAUUUGAAGGAGAUGGUGUCGGGGAAGGGGAAGGGGGAGGUGGAUGUUGAUAUGGUGUGGGAGACGGCUCUGCAUAGUCAGUUCGGGGUGCAUCGGUAUCCCGGAGGGUUUGGAAAGAGGAAUCCCGAUUUCGUGUUUGAUGCGUUGACGUAUGUGGAUUUGUUGUUGGGGGAUUUGGGAUUGGAUUGUAGUAGGAAGAAAGGGUGGGGGGUCAGGAGGUGGUUGGAGCCGUAUGGGAUGGAGGAUUAUAAGGGAUUGGUGGAGGAGUGGAUGGCUGGGUUGUAGUGGUGAGGACAUGGGGAUGGACAUACCAUGCAUGUAUUCUGCCAUACUACACUACACUACAUGCUCAUUCAAGCUCAAAUGCCUC